UGCUGGCCACGCAGCAGAAUUCAACUUCACAGCAAAUUAAAUCGGAUGUUCUGAUCUAAUCACAAGUGUCGUUAACUCGAAGUGAAUUCUCAAGUCUUGCAUUAAGUACUCAGCGCAUAACUGUUUUCAUUUUGUUUAUUCGCAUUUUAUUGCAAUACUUACAUAUUUGUUCAUUACUUUGUAUGUAGACAUAUUUCCUUUUUUUCGGAAACUGGCACAAACUGCAAAUGGCAAAUGUCUACGCUGAAUGGUGAAUAUAAAAACGCAUUUGACUUAGAUUUUCGGAAUCAGUGUAAUUGUAGCGGGUAGCGAAAGUGCGCUGCAUUGCGCAAUAAAUAGUGAACGGAAAAUUGCAAGAGAAAUUUGAAAGUGAAAUUAAUACUUUUUGCUGAAAUUUUAUAAAAAAAAAAUUCCAAAAAAGUGUUCAAUAUGAAAAUAACUUUGGCAUUCGUAUUGUUCGCUGGCUUGCUAGCCAUUGGCGUUGACGCCGGCAGCGAACCAGUUUGUUCGUAUCGGAAUAAUCAGGGUGAAACGAUCUUCUUGAAGUAUUUGCCGCUGCUGAAACAGGGACAGGACUAUGUGGACUUCAGUGCAGAUG